AUGUCACCAGAAAACAGCAAUGUCGGUAGACGACCAGUGAAGGUCGCCAACUGCUCUGGAUACCAUGGCGACCCUGCAUAUGAGAUGUAUCGUCAAGCGACACUCGGAGAAGUUGAUUUCAUCACGGGCGAUUAUCUCGCAGAGGUAAAUAUGGCCAACAAUGCACAGGCUUAUCAGAAGGGAGAGCAUUCCGGUUAUGAGGAAACAGCCUGGGAAGGGAUCAAGCAGACCAUCGAGGUGAUUUUCGCCAAGAGGAUCAAGGUUGUAAUCAAUGGCGGUGCCCUCAAUCCAAAAGGUCUUGCGUCGAAGGUAGAAGAACUGAUACGGGAAAAAGGGUUCAACUUGAAGGUCGCCUAUUUGUCUGGCGAUGACCUGCACUCAAAAUUCGGUCCCAACAUGCCGAGGUCAAAAGACGAACUCCAGCACCUCGAUGGUGAUAACCGGGCCGUGAACCCAGGACCGCUCACAUAUGCUUUUCUCAAUAGUAUCAAUCCCGUUCCUAUGGUCUCCGCACACGCGUAUCUGGGAGCGCGAGGAAUCGUUGAUGGGCUGAGGCGCGGCGCCGAUAUCAUCAUAUGUGGUCGCGUCGCAGAUGCAAGUCCAGUCAUCGCCGCUGCUUGGUACUGGCACUCAUGGAGCGAAACAGACUACGACCGGCUUGCUGGUGCACUUGUUGCUGGUCAUCUUAUUGAAUGCUCUGCCUACGUCACUGGUGGUAACUUCUCCGGGUUUGAUCGAUAUCCCAUCGAAAAAUUUGUGAAGCCUGGAUUUCCUAUUGCAGAGAUCGAGUCGGACGGCUCAUGUAUAAUUACCAAGCAUUCCAAUACCGACGGAAUGGUUGACGUCGACACAGUUCGCAGCCAAUUCUUGUACGAACUGCAGGGUAACGUCUAUCUCAAUAGCGAUGUGAGUGCAAUAUUGGACAAUAUUGCUAUCGAACAGACAGGUCGUGAUAGGGUUCGCGUUCAUGGAAUAAGAGGCUAUGCUCCACCCCCGACGACAAAGUUGGCUAUCUUUUAUCCUGGAGGUUUCGAAGCACAGCUGCUUCUCAAUGCUACAGGAUAUGGCACAAGUGCAAAAUGUGACUUGAUUGAGAAACAAAUUCGUCACUUUAUACCACCUGAAGCCUUGGAAAAGAUUGACACUCUCGAGUUCCAGCGGAUUGGUGUUCCAGCCGUUGACCCUACCUCACAACGUAGCAGUACUACUUACUUGCGAGUCUUUGUUGCAGCGGUCUCAGUGCAAGCAGUCCUGUCAGUGGUGAUGGCCAUGAGGGAGAUCUCACUCAAACACUUUUCAGGUUUCCAUUCUUCGCUGGAUCAACGCAGCGCCAUGCCACGGCCGUUCUUAGCUUACUACCCCGCGAUCGUCAGUCAGGACCUCGUCGAUGAACAGAUCAACUUUAUCGAUGGACCCGACAAUGUCGUCUCAUAUGCAACCGGACACCCACCAAAAUAUGAACCACUAGCUCCCAGAGCCAGCUAUGAUCACACGCCAUCGCCAGAUGAGAAAUCUUUAUUUAACGGUGCUAGCCAGCCCAUCCGCCUUGGUGAGAUUGCGCAGGGUAGGUCUGGAGAUAAAGGUGCGAACCUCAACUUCGGUCUGUUUGUUCCAAAUCCACAAUACUGGCCAUGGCUACGGUCAUAUAUGAGCCGUGAACGUAUGAGGACGAUGCUUGCGGCUGAUGAUGACUGGGAUGACUCGUUUCUGAUUGAGCGAGUAGAGUUCCCCGAGAUUCAUGCCGUGCAUUUUGUAAUUUACGGUAUAUUGGGCAGAGGCGUAAGUAGCUCUAGUCGCCUAGAUGGAUUUGGGAAAGGAUUUGCCGAUUAUGUGCGUGAUAAGAUUGUUGAAGUGCCAGCUGAAUUGCUUUCGUUAAAACCGCACCUAUAA